AUUUGCCAAAUAAUACUCGAAAUCGUAAUUGGGAGGCGUCUACUUCUUUUAAUUUAAAUUUAAAUCGAGAUUAUUCAGUAAAAUGAUCCGGUUCAUUUUGAUCCAGAAUCGUGCGGGUAAAACUCGACUGGCGAAAUGGUAUAUGAAUUUUGAUGAUGACGAGAAACAAAAGCUGAUUGAGGAGGUUCACGCAGUGGUCACAGUUCGGGACGCAAAACACACUAAUUUUGUAGAAUUCCGAAACUUCAAGAUCGUGUACAGGAGAUACGCUGGACUGUAUUUCUGCAUAUGCGUGGACGUCAACGACAAUAACUUGUGUUACUUGGAGGCAAUUCACAACUUUGUUGAAGUUUUAAAUGAAUAUUUUCAUAAUGUUUGUGAGCUGGAUCUAGUUUUCAAUUUCUAUAAGGUGUACACAGUAGUGGACGAGAUGUUCUUGGCAGGUGAGAUUAGAGAAACAUCACAAACCAAAGUAUUGAAGCAACUGCUCAUGCUCAAUUCCUUAGAGUAAAUAAAAUAUUAUAAAAUUGUGGAUUGUCUAUGGGUGAAGUUUAUGCAUGAAAUGAAUAAUUUAAUAUUGUUAUUCUGAUAAAAGACAGCAUUUACAGAAUGUUAUGCUUUCCAAAUUUAUUGCUAUAAUAGGUAUAUAUAUAAUAGGUUGCACAAUGAGUCAGCAGUAUGUCUAUCAGAAGCAUAUACAAAAAUGUGUAAUUUUAUUUUUGAAAUGACAAAUAUUUGGCUACAUUGGUAUUCCAGUUACAUAAAAAAAAAGUAUAGAGCUCAUAUACACUCGUGUAGUAGAUGAUUUAAUAUGUUUAUUAAUUGUCGUGUAAAUUUGUAAGCUAUGUUGAAAUCACUUAGGUUUACUAUUAUAUUUUCACAAUGUUUAUGUAGAGAAUGUUCUAGAAAGAUGUGUAUUUAGACUCAAUAUAUGGUCUGAAAAUUAAGAAUAUGUAGUAAUAAUCCUCUAGUUACUGAGUAAUAUAAAGAUUAUAUAAAAAUAAUUUCCUAUAUUAUUAUGCAUAGUUUUUUUUAAUGUAUUUAAAGUUGUAUAAACUUAAAAAUUAGUAAGGAAUAUGAUACAUUCAUUAGGGGUGUUUAUUUUUAUUGUAAUUAUCUAAAGCUUACGUUAAUGUAUAAGACAGACGAGACAUUAUAAAAAGAAAAACUUAUUUCUAUGUAUCAAUUUAUCA